AUGGCAUACCAUCGAUCCACAAAAUAUGGACCAUGGAAUGACGGAACCGCUGGAUUGGAUCAGUACCCAACUCUGCCCAGAGGCAAUUACUCCACAGUCCACGACACCACUGGCAGAUGGGGACUGAAUUGGUACGCCGAGCACACAACAGCUGGCUCCAUGGACGGAUUGUACGGCCUCGCCUAUGUGGCACCAAGCCCUUCACGAAAGCGUCCUUACCACCUCAUCACCUCGAACCCUCUUGAGCUUCGCCAAAUCCAAGAGGCUGAGCGCAACAUUCAACACCUGGUCAUCAAGAACCACCAGCAUCGUGACACGGGCUGGAAGCUUCUGCGCAUGCGAGCAGAAGGCUCAGAGUUCUACUGCUACGACUCUAUAAUUGUCAAUGGCAAGGGCCGAGUGCACUGUCGACAGCCUGGCUUCGAGAAGCUCAAUGGCCACGAUCUAGAUGCAAAAGGCUGCAUCCAGCCUGAGGGCCUGCCCGAGGAGAAAUGUUCGCCAAGCACCGCAGACUAUGAGGUCAUCGAAACAGGUGGUCAACAAUACCUUAUGCUCAACCUCCUCAAUUCGGGGUUCGAGCAUUCUGUCAAGGUUGCCAUUGACGGCCACGAGAUGAUUGUGGUGGCCAACGACGGCGGCUUCGUGGAGCCUUACACUACUCAUGUUGCGUACAUCCCAAGCGCGGGGAGAGUCACCGUGCUCGUCAAGACUGAUGCUGCUGCCGAAGAAUACGCGGUCAGGAUAUCGUCCACCAGCGUGCUGCAGAACCUUCAAGGCUAUGCUAUUCUGCGCUAUCCUGGGAAGCGGCAGCCAAUCUACGGUCAGCCCAUGAAACUCCCCGAGGCAAAGCCGUCCGAGGAAGAAGUGUGCCUGCUCAAGGAUUCAACCGUGCGCUCGCAUUGCAAAGAGAUCGAGCCCAACUUUCUCCCUCCCUACCCUCCCUCCCCGGUGCCGGCGGCAACGACGAGCCAGUCGUGGAGGAAGAAGGACCAUGCCGCCGCAGACCUGACCUACCGCCUCACGGCUGGGCAGCAAAAGUCCAAGACGGAGCCGCACGCCCCCGAGUACUUCAUCAACGAGCAGCCCUGGCAGCUGUUCCGCGCGUCCAUGACGCCCGUGCUGUUCAGCUUCGUGCAGGGCGAGUCAGCCGCCGCCCGCGAGUUCGAGAAGCCCAUCAUCGGCGGCGUCCCCGCGGGCGCCGUCGUCGACCUCAUCAUCGAGAACACCCUCAACGAGACGAUCCCGCUGUACAAGCACGGCGAGCCGCACUGGGUCCUCGGCGCGCAGAGGGACAGCUCGUUCCCCUACGGCACGGUCAGCGAGGCGGUCAGGGCGGGGUUCGGCCCGCUGAACCUCGACAACGCCGGCCUGGCCAUCGUGCAUGACCUGCCGCCCCUUGGGUGGGCUGUUGUGCGGUUCAAGGCUGCCGCCGGGGCGGCGACCAUGGUGCAUGCGGUCAAGCUGAGGAUGUUUGCGCUGGGAAUGUCGGUGCCAAUCCUAGAGGGCCUCAAUGGCGAGAACUUGGUCGACGUGCCAGAGUAUGCCAAGUCUCGGCCUCAUGUCAAGUUCGAGCCCGCCAACGACGGGGUCUUCGGCUAG